UAUAACGAUUGUUUAAUGUUAUAUCAAAAUUACUUAAAUGUAACGAUACCGUUAUAUCCGCUAUCAAUAGAGCAACAAAAAAUAAUUGACCUAGAACCAAAUUGUAGUAUAUGCGGUAAUUUAUUCACUGAUCAAUCUAAAAGAGUUCUAGAUCAUUGUCACUUAACAGGCAAAUAUAGAGGUGUAGCUCUUAAUAAUUGCAAUUUAAACUAUAAAUUAGCAACAUUUUUCCCAAUAUUUUUCCAUAAUCUCUCGGCAUACGAUGCUCAUUUAUUUAUGAAAGAAUUACUUAAAAUUCCUGGUGAAAUUUCUAUAAUUCCGCUAAACAAAGAGUUUUAUAUAUCGAUCUCAAAGAAAAUUUAUAUAAAUCCCAAUGAAAUUCUAGAACUUCGAUUUUUAGAUUCAUUUAGAUUUAUGCCUUCCAGUUUAGACAGCUUAGCCAGUUAUUUAAAAGAAGAAAAUCUAACCACAAUAAAGUCAUUUUUCACGGACUCCAACAAAUUUCAAAUGGUUAAAAGUAAAGGCAUAUUUCCGUAUAGCUACUUAAAUUCAUUUGAACGCUUGUCAGAUACACAAUUACCGUCGCGCGAAAAUUUUUAUAAUCAAUUAACUGAUAGACACCGUUCUGAAGAGAGUUAUCAGCACGCUCAAAACGUUUGGAAUGCCUUCGAGUGCACAAAUUUAUUAGAUUAUUUAUUGUUAUGUUUGAAGGUAGAUGUUUUGUUGCUAGGUGAUGUCUUUGAGAAUUUUAGAAAAGUAUGUAAAAAAAUCUAUAAUUUAGAUCCUUGUCAAUAUUAUACAACUCCUGGUCUAUCUUGGGAUGCUAUGUUGAAGACAACUAAAAUUGAAUUAGAACUACUCACAGAUAUUGAUAUGUAUAAUUUUAUAAAGAAAGGUAUUAGAGGCGGUCUUGUUCAAUGUAGUAAACGUCAUUCUAUUGCAAAUAACAAAUAUAUAAAUAACGAUUACGACUGUGAGAAAAAAUCAAAUUAUAUUGUAUACUUAGAUGUUAAUAAUUUAUAUGGGUAUGCUAUGUCACAAGCUAUUCCACAUAAAAAUUUUAAAUGGCUAGAAAAAACAGAAGAGGGAAAUUUUGAAAAUUUUGAUUUAAGCACGUGCGUAGAUGAUCAAUCAAUUGGUUAUAUUUUAGAGCACAAUGACUUACCAUUUUGUUCGCAAAACAAAAAAAUGAAAAUAUGCAACAAUCAAGAUUGAUUGCAGACUCGACAAACAAAUAUAAUUAUAUAAUUCACUAUAGAAAUUUACAACAAUGUCUUGAUUUUAAAGAAAAUUCAUCGAAUAUUACAAUUUGAUCAAUCUGAUUGGCUUAAGAAAUAUAUUGAUUGCAAUAAUCAUCACAGAACAUUGGCUGUUAAUGAUUUUGAAAGGAAUUUUUUCAAACUGCUAAACAAUGCAGUCUAUGGCAAGACUAUAGAGAAUGUUGACAAGAGAAAAGUUAUUAAAUUAGUGUACAGAUGGGAGAGUGAUGGUAAAAAAUUGGGAGCUAGGGCACUUAUCUCAAAAUUUAAUUUUAGGAAUAUAUUACAAUUAGCCGAUGAUUUGUUUGCAAUUCAAAUGAAAAAAGUGCAUGUUCUCUUUGAUAAGCCUGUCUAUAUUGGCUUCACCGUUCUAGAAUUAUCAAAAUUUAAAAUGUACAAUUUUCACUAUGACUAUAUGAAGCCCAAAUAUCAAGAAAAUAUCAAUUUAAUGUAUAUGUAUACUGAUUCUUUUAUCUAUGAUAUUAAGACUAUAGAUUUUUAUGAUGACAUUCGUUUUGAAAUUGAUCAGCAUUUCGAUACUUCAGAAUAUGAUAAAGUUAAUGUUUUUAAAUUACCAUUGAUAAACAAAAAAAAAUUAGGUAUGAUGCAAGAUGAAUGCAGGGGGAAUAUAAUAAAAGAAUUUAUUGGGCUCAGAGCUAAAAUGUAUUCAAUAGAAAUCUCUAAUAUAAAUAAUGCUGAAACAACGGAGAUCAAAAAAAAUUAAAGGAGUAAAGGCGAGUGGGACGUCUAAAUUAACUAUUAACGAUUUUCGAGAUUGCUUGUAUAAAAGAACAAAGCAAGUUGGAACAAGGUACUUAUUUAAAUCGAAAUUACAUCAAAUUUAUACGCAAGAGUAUACAAAAGUCACCCUAAACUAUUUAGAUGAUAAGCGCUAUGUAAAAGAGAAUAAUAUAGACACCCUUGCAUGGGGUCAUAAAGA